AUGGGUGAACUCCAACCGGCAACGAGUGUCCCCGUUGAAGACGCAAGGGAGAUGCUCGCGUCGCGUAUCAUUCCAACCAUGACCCUAUCGUCGUCCUCCAACCCGCUGACAGCGCCGUGCAUAUCUUCGACUUCUUCUCUCAGUCAUACCGCCACAGCUACAGAACGGUUCAAAGUGGAAGGGGGCGCGAUCCUGACAGGAGGCGCAGGUUCUCUCGGCUUGGUAGCUGCGAGAGCACUCAUCGAACAUGGACUCUCUGUAGUUUGCCUAUUCGACUUACCGGGAACUUUAAAGUCCUCUGAAGCUCAGGUCGACACAUUACGGAAGGACUUCCCACACCAGGUGUACACCUACGCGGUCGACGUCACAUGUCCUCAAGCCGUCGAGGAAGCAGUUCAGCAAGCAGUGGCCACCGCACAAAGCAUCGACAUCCUCUGUUGUUUCGCGGGAAUUGUUGACUGCGUCCACUCCAUUGCAGCAUCCUCCCAACAAUUUCGCAAGGUCAUCGAUGUGAACUUGGUGGGCUCCUUCCAUUGCGCUCGCGCUGUCGCAAAGCACAUGAUCGAACAAAAACGGGGUGGAAGCAUCGUCUUGACCUCCUCGAUCUCUGCACAUCCUACCAACUUCCCGCAGCCCCAGCUGGCAUAUAAUGUCAGUAAAGCUGCCGUCAGUCAUAUGACACGCAAUUUAGCAGCAGAAUGGGCGGUUCACGGGAUCCGAGUCAAUUCGAUCAGCCCCGGGUAUAUGGAUACUGUCCUAAAUGCCGGUGAUAGUCUCAAGCCAAUCCGCGAUAUCUGGGCUUCACACUGUCCUUUUGGCAGAAUGGGUGAUAUUGAGGAGAUCACAGGGCCGAUCAUUCUGUUGAGUAGUCGGCGGGCGGGAGGAUACAUCACGGGAGCAGAUCUCUUGGUAGACGGAGGUGCGAUGUGUUUUUGA